AUGACCUCUUCGUUCUUUCCAGACAACUUGCAAGUGCGCAGUUUUGAGGUGGGGGUGCUCCACUUGCACCCCUCUCUGCAUGGACUGAAGAUAGCGCAGCUCACCGACAUCCAUUUCAACGAUCACCGACUCUUCGUGAAGGGUGCCUCUGACGCCGUGUUGCGGGCGGCCGUGGAGGCCGUUGAGCGCGAGUCGGUCGACCUGGUCACGCUGACGGGCGACUACGUGGACCUCUGGCCCGAAGCGGUCACAGUGCUGGCCGACCGAUGGCUCUCCAAACUCACUUCCAAGUAUGGGACCGUGGCCAUCCUCGGCAACCACGACUACCAGAGGCCCCAUUCUCAGCGCACGGUGCUGGAAGCCUUCCAGAGCGUGGGCAUUCGCACGCUCGUCAACCAGCGGGCCGAGCCGGUCAACGAGUGGCUCGAAGUGAUGGGCGUCGGCGACUUCUGGAAGGACUACCACCCGGAGCAGAUCAUGUGUCCUCUCUCUGACCCCUCGACAACGGACAAGAAGGAUGACGACCAGGAGGAGGAGGAGGAGGAGGAGAAGGAUGGUGAGGCCGAGGUCGAGGCCAAGUCAGCCGAGGAGGAAGCGGGAGUGUACCGCCGGACCCGGUUGGUCCUGACCCACAACCCCGACAGCUCGUUGCAUCUCAACCAGUGGGGCGCCGACCUCAUGUUGGCGGGACACACCCACGGAGGUCAUCUCCGCAGGGCGUGGAACAGCAUCAUGCCUCGACGCAAGAACAACCCCGAUGUUGUGCCGAAGUGCCAGUUGGGCUACGACUGGGUCCACGUGCCAAGGAUCGGGGACGUGGCCGAUUACGAGCGACCGGCCAUCCCGCUCUACGUGUGCCGAGGACUCGAUUACGUCCCCAUGUCCCCGGCUGAAGUUGCCAUCUUCACUCUCGUGCCUGGAGAGCAGGGCGAACAAGUCGUGCGAGAGGUGCCUCCCUCAUGA